AUGACCCAUGCAGGCUACUGCCUAUUCCUGAUCUGGAUCUCGGGCCAUCGGCACAUGUUCAGAGUAUAUUUUACAUUACAUCAGCAAGAGGAUCUAAACUUGGAAGUCCUCGUAAUUCAAUAUCCCUUGAUUUCUGAUUGUAUACGAUUUACAAAGAACGCUAAACAAAACCUACUCCGUCAAGUGCGUAUCAGCGAAGAUGGAUUAUGCAGAGCGACAGGAACCCUGUAUGGUAAUCAACGUUACAGCGACGUCACCUUGGUCAUAGGAACACGAAGGUUCCACGCCCACCGCCUUGUUCUCAGUGCAUGGAGCGAUGUGUUCAAGACGAUGUUUUGUAAUUCAUCUUGGCAACCGAAUGUUGACGAGCUUCGCACUGACACAAACGGACAGCCACGCCCCCAAUGUCAGGAUCUCGUCGAGGAACAAUAUUGCGAAGAUCACUUUGGGGAAUUCAUCAAGUUUCUUUACACAGCAUCGGCAGACCUGUCAAAAGACAAUGUCCUGCCUUUGGGUCUCCUCGCCGACAAGUACUUGGUGAAAGAGCUAAGAGAGCUAUGCGAUGAAUUUAUCCUGGAAAUACAAAACGAUGUCUCGGAAGUUCUCAAUCUCAUUCAUUCGGCGGCGGUAUUUGGAAUGUCAGAAACAGUAGAACUUUGCCUCAACAGUCUGCGAUGCAACUUUAGUGUUCUUACAUCAGAUCAAAUCCUAAGUCUAGAAAGCGGGCACCUUAGAAGUCUUCUCGACAGUGGGCCAAACCUGAUGGUUGAUGAUGAGUACACUCUCUACAAGAAGAUUGAGCCUUGGUUAGACCAGUGUCAAAGCGGAGAAACAUUGCUCAGUAUCAUGAAGCUCAUUCGGUUCCCCUAUAUGAAUGCCCUACAACUGAGGAAAGUCAGAGAGACUCCCUCGUUCUGCAGAGCACAGGUUAUGAUGCCAGAAUUACCCAGAGAAUCUUGGCAGCACCAGGCAUUGUAUAACGAGGAAAAUUAUGAGGAUCUUCCAGAAAACUUUCCAUGGCCCAGACUGUACCUGGAUUCAAACGAUGCGUCCAGCUUCGAUGGGUACUCGAGCGAUCAACCUAGCCAAUCGGCAAUUAAAGUACGGAUUGGUGAGCUUACACAUGACAAAUGCGUUUCUUGGAUUGGCAAGCGGCUAGGACAACAUCAAAUCUUCAAAAAGGGAUCUUCUAGGCUUAACAUUAAGAUUACCCGGAUUCCAGGAUCAUCAAGAAGAGUCAAUGUUGAAAUUGGAACUGAUAUGAACUCAAAUAAAAGAGUUCAUUUGGGAGUACGUGCAGAUGACUGUGAUCGAGGAGACCCUUUCUUUUUUUCGAAAUGUCUUCCUCCAGUGCAAGCAGCUGGUGUCCACCCAUCACCUUACCAUUCGACAUACUCAUACUCAAGCACGUCUAAGAGAAAUGCACAAUUCAUACUUCCUAACUCGACAUCUCAUUCUGCGACAUGGAGAUUCUACGUUACAGCUGUUAUUGAGGAUGGGAAUACCCAAUACGCAAAGAGAAACGGGAAUGCUCAGCAUAGUUCAACAGUUUGUGCCAAGCAUCCCUACAAAAGACGCACAAUGUGGGGUUACGAUGAUGAAGAUGAACAAUACCUUUCUCCCGCGGAAUUACUCCGAGCAGCUAUUAUGCAGGAACAAUUAAACAGGAUCGCCUUUGCUAUGGCAUGCAGACCAAGUGAUGAUCAAGAAGAAGAUACAGAAAAUGAAGCACGGCAAAUUGAGGAAGCAAGCCGUUUGAGGCAGUUGGGUCUUUCAGCAAACCUAGGGCUACACGUAGCAAAAGCCGAGCCUGACCUUGGGUGCUUUUUCAACCAACCUACCUACAGCGACACAAUCUUACUUGUUGGAGCUUCUUCUUUCUAUGCCCAUCGCCUCAUUCUUUCUUCAUGGAGCAGUGUUCUCAGAGAUAUUGUCAAGAUUCCAGAUAGAGCCCGGGCUUCUGGUGGUCAUGCAAAUGGUGGCUUACAGAGGUACCAACUGGAUGAGGAGCCAGAUUGCUGCAGGGUGUUCGAUACCUUUUUAAAGUUCAUGUAUACUGGAGAGAUAAGCAUCACAGAGGAUACCAUCCUGCCUCUGCUGCAGUUAAGCAACAAGUAUAAAGUUAGAGAACUGAUCAAGCUCUGUGACAGCUAUAUCGGAGCGCUGGAAAUGGAUGUCUCCUCUGCAAUCUCGGUACUCACGCAGGCAAUGAAGUACAAGAUGGCGCACAUGGUGAAAUCAUGUAUCAAUGUUGUCCGCACAAAUCUCGAGCUUGUAACUGCAGAGCAGUUGAAGGCCUUCGACUCGUCAUUGAUCGUUGAAUUACUGAAUUGCAAAGACCAAAGUCUAGUCGUCAAAGACGAAUUUUCCCUGCUGGAGAAAUUGGUACCUUGGUUAUCUGCUUGCCCAGACGACGAGACCUUCAAGACCGUCGUAGAGUCUAUCCGUUUUCCUUUCAUGACAGCUCUGCAGCUAAAAGCAGUCGCGUCGAUUGAUAUCAAAGGGAGGUUAGAAGACGUCAGCCCAGAUUUUUUUGCAGACGCCCUUGAGCAGCAUUCCCUCUAUCGAGAAGGAUUUGUUGAAGAGCUCAUCCAACCUACACCUGCUCCUCGGCUUUAUCUGAACCCCCCAGAAAAGGUCUUUGGCAAGUUUCAAUGUACAGCAGGACAGAUUUACGACGAAGAAGGUUUUGUGGAGGUGCACUUGAGUUCCCCUAUGACAUCAAAGAGAAGCAUUCUCAAAAAGAUCUUAGUUAACGGUACAAAAGAGGGCACUAUGAAUCAUUACAAAGUCCAUGACGCGGAGAAAUGGCUUAUAGAUGUAAAACCGUUUCCUCGAUGCGAUGAAAAGCAAGACCAAUCGUAUGGACUAAUGAUCAGCAUUCUUCUGGAUUCUGACCAAGAAAUCCGUAACGUUCUUUAUUAUCACGACAUUGGUGCAGUGGUUGAGAGGAUCGGAUGUUCAUCUCGAUAUGUCCCGCACAACCGGAAUAUCGAGGUGGCAGUUCAGAUCAAGCACGAAGACGGAUCUAGUCACAUCAUUUCUUCGAAGAAAUUUCUUCCGGCAGCGAUGGUAGACCAACGUAAAGAUUUUCAAAGAAGAGAUGGCAAGGCUAUUUUCUCUUUCAAAACAUCGUUCUACACACGGUCGUGGGCAAGUCUACAGAAUAUCAAAUUGAGGGUGUCUGCCGUCAUCCAUCAUGUUCAUCACGAGGGGCAAACUUAGGAAAAUAUUCCGGAAGAGAACCCGAAACCCUCCUCCAGUCCAGUAGGCCUUUUUUUCUGGACUUGGCUUGUAGAUCAGACUCCACCAAUAAUUCUAAUCAUCGACACAUUUCAUCCGACAAGUUGUCAGGUCUGAUAACUCUCCUCGUCUCGGGGGGUUGAUUGGCUGUUAAGCACACG